AUGAUAAAGACUCACCUGCCAGGGUAUGUAGGUGACUUUGACAAGCUCAAGGCCAAGGGUGCAGAGGUCAUCGCCUGCGUGGCCGUCAAUGACCCUUUUGUUAUGGCUGCAUGGGGGAAGGCACAUGAAGCCGACGGCAAGGUCAGAAUGCUAGCUGAUCUACAUGGGGAGUUUACAAAGGCGGUUGAUAUGGUCCUCGAUGCUACUCCAUUCCUUGGAAACAAACGAUCAAAGAGAUAUUCCCUCGUUAUCAAGGACGGAAAUGUGGUAGCAGUCAACGAAGAACCAGAUGGUACCGGUUUGACCUGCAGUCUGGCCGACAAUGUGCUUAAGCAACUGUGACAGAUGAAAACUGGAUCAGUCCAUUCUAAAAUGUAGAGUAGGUCAGGUUUAAUCCACAGAUUAAUGGAGCACCUAGUGUAAAUUCCUGUCAUUGAAUUACAAAAUAAAAGACAAAAAUCACAG